AAUUCAAGUUGACAAUUAGAAUACGAAAUGGCAGCUUCAACAAUAAGCUACAUUGCUGCUCUCGAUGUUGGAACUACUACUGUUCGUUGUCAUAUUCUUGACAAUAAUGCAACCACCAUUGGCACCUCAUCGACAAAGGUGGAGCUUAUCUAUCCGAAACCCGGAUACGUAGAGAUCGAUCCCGAUCAUUUAUGGGAAAGUAUACUCCAAGUGAUGAAAGAUGCUUUGCGAGAUGCAAAUCUACAAGCGAACCAAAUCACUUGUCUCGGUAUAUCGACUCAACGGGGUAGUUUCACGACAUGGAAUCCCGACACUGGUAAACAUUAUCACAAUUUCAUCACUUGGAAAGACCUGAGGGCGGAUCUAAUGGUGAAAGAAUGGAAUUCGUCUCUAACAAUGAAAGGGCUGCGUACUAGCGCCCACUUACUUUACAUGCUUUCUGGUAGUAAAAGAUUUCUAGCUGGCAGUGUCAUCAAGCUAAUGAAUACUCAGACUACUCUUAGAUUGAUGUGGGCACUACACCAUGUACCAGGACUGAAAGAGGCUGCGACAGGGGGCAAAGCACUUUACGGAGGGGUAGAUUGCUGGCUUCUCUAUAAAUUAACAGGCAAACAUAUAACUGAUGCAUCCAGUGCCUCCGCCACGGGACUCUUCGACCCAUUCACUAUGCAAUGGGCUAGCUGGGCAAUCAAAAUGUUUAAAUUGCCGUUAAAGAUUUUCCCUGAAGUAGUGGACACUGCGGGAAAUCUCGGUAUAAUUCCCAAGAGUUUAUUUGGAGCUGAAAUUCCAAUCCGAUGCUCGAUGGCAGAUCAAGCUGCUUCUCUCUUUGGUUCGACAAGUUUUCAGCCAGGAGAUUUGAAGGUGACCAUGGGAACUGGUACUUUUGUAAACGUGAACACGGGCGACGAACCCCAUGCUUCGAUAACUGGAUUAUAUCCCCUCGUGGGAUGGCGGAUAGGCACGGAAAUUGUCUACGUUGUCGAAGGUGCUUCAAAUGACACGGGAUCGCUGAUUGAUUGGGCUAAAUCCAUUGGGAUUGUUGAUCAACCUUCCGAAACAUCUGAUUUGGCAAAGUCUGUCCAAGAUUCCGACGGGGUUUAUUUUGUCCCGGCAUUCAGCGGGCUGCAAGCACCCAUCAAUGACCAAACUGCAGCUGCGGGUUUCCUCGGAGUAAAACCCACCUCAAGUAGAGCGAAUUUGGCUCGUUCGAUAUUGGAAAGUCUCGUGUUCAGAAUAAUUUUAAUCUACGAGUCUCUACAGCAGGAAACUAAAUUCUCGUAUCAUACAAUAAGAGUUGACGGUGGUGUUUCUAGAAACGGAUUCAUGAUGCAGCUCCUCGCUGAUUUGACUGGUUUAAAAGUCGAGCGCGCAACAAGCUCCGAAAUGUCUAUACUAGGUGUUGCUUUUUUGGCGGGCUUGUCCAGCGGUGUCUGGAAAACUAGAGAAGAACUGCUCAAAUUUCGUCAAGUAGAGAAAGUGUUCAUUCCGAGACCUGACGUGCAGCUAAAUUACCAAUCGACAAUAAAACAAUGGCGCAAGGCAGUUGAACGUUUUAAGGAUUGGUACUGACCUUCGAUCAAACGACAAUGGAACCCAAUUUCUCGCCGCCUCUGUAAAGGUUCAAGACUGACUCAACCUCCUGCGAAUCAUUAACGCUACAGGCGCAAUGGAACUAGGCGAAUAAAAUAUUUUUUCAUACAUUUGCUGCUGAGCAGUAAAAGCAGUAUUUUCCCAUCAUAUUACGAUUUAUUAGGAAUAAAUGUAAAAUUGCAUAUAAUUAUGGUAUUGCAUUACAACUAUCGAUGCUAGGUUCAAUACAUAGGUACGAUAGGGCUGCUCAAUGACUAUAGGCUGCAUGAAUAUUCGACUAAUGAAGAAUAUUUUACCAAAAAAAUAAUGUACCCUUGUCUAUAUUACGUUAUAUUUGGCACUGCAGCUUAUCUGUUUUAGUGCCUUUCGAUAAAAUCAAUGAUAUUAAUGAAAGGGAGCAUAACAUAUCAGUUACGGCUUAAACGUGAGAUAUCAUAAUCGCAGAUAUCGAUAAUACGUAUUUAGAGGUUCCGUUGAAGAGUAAUAUCAUUCAUAACAACGUAAAAUCUUAAAUAUAAAUAUUUUUUUACGCCAAAUACAUGUUGUUAAUAAAUUGUUGAAAAUUA